AAAUAAAAAUGUUCUCAUCAAUUCUCAAAUACCGCUGUACUUUAUAAUCGAUUUGUACUAUUAGAUUGUAAGAUAAAUUAUCACCAUUAGUGAGAAGUGACUAAUAGUUAAUGAACAAAUGAAGUCUGAUAGUGAAAGGUGAAUAAAGUGAACAAAAUGUUUUGGAAAUUGAUAUUUAUCUCUUCUAUUUUUUUCGCAAACACUUUGGCUCAAUUUUACGAAGAUAACAGAUGCCGUUGUGUGUGUCCUACACCAACUUUAAUAAUAAACAGUACAGAAAAGUCAGACAGGACACUUUAUAUUGCUUUUGUACCUCCAAACAAAUGCAAUUGUGGUGGAGUAGUUCUACCAAAAGUCACUGAAGAAAUCAGAGAUAAUGCACAACUGUUUUGUCCCAGAUGUGAAUGCAAAUAUGAGACUAGAAAAACAACUGUGAUUAUGGUUGGUGUGAUAUUAGUGUUAUGGAUUUUAUUGCUGUUGAUUGGAUACUACUUAUUCCUUAUGCUACUUGAAUGUUUAGUUAGCAAGACACAGCAAUCCUAUGUACACAACUAUACACAAGCAGAGAGAGGUUCAGAAGAAACUGAGAAUCUACUGAUACAGGGUGAAGAUACUGAUAGUUAAAGAUAAUGAAGAAUAAUACCAUUCAUGUGAUAUUGUCAAGGUAGGCAACUUAAAGAAAUAAAGAGCAAAGUAUAUUAUUUGUGAAAAUGUUUAAUGUUGUGACAUUUUUAUUGAAAUACAUUUAAUUAUUGACUAAAUAAAUAAUUGGUAAUAUGUGUUAUUUAUAUAAUAUUAUUUGUAUACCUAUUUCUAGUGAGAAUAAAUGAAGAAUAAAAUCCUUUACCCAUAACACAAGUUAAAGUGUUGAAUACAGUUUAAAAUAAAAAGAGUGCUGAAUGAAAAAUAAACAAAUAUUUUCUCCAUCAAAGAUGGUAAUUAUUAUUGUAUAAUUCCAUCUAGCUAUUAUGCAAUACUUAUUCCAACUACUAUAAACAUUGCUUAUGCCCUAACCCUAA